UAACAGGGGUAUAAAACCAAAAUUCACAAAAAAUUGUUACCAGUGUAUGAAGUUAACACUCGCAUUGUCAUGCCCAAACCUUCUCUGUUUCCGAGAUCUCCUGAAAUCCUGCAUCGCCGGCGGCGACCUCGCCGGAGGCGCCGCCCUCCACGCCAUCUACACCAAGUCCGGCAUUCCCCAUUCCACCUACUUCUCCAACCACUUCAUCCUCCUUUACUCUAAAUGCGGCCUUCUCCAUCACGCCCAUCAAGUGUUCGACGAAAUCCCUCAACCAAACGUCUUCUCCUACAACGCGCUCCUCUCUGCGCUCGCGCGCGAUCCUCUCCACUCCGACCUCGCCCCUUCCUUCUUCGACCGCAUCCCCAACCCCGAUCUUGUCUCCUUCAACACCCUGCUCGCCUUCUUCUCCGCCGCCUCUCGCCCUUCCGACGCCCUCCGGCUCUUUUCUCGCAUGCGCUACCUCGACGCCUGCAUUGACGGGUUCACUCUCUCCUCUGUGAUCUCUUCUCUUGUGGAUCUCCCCGUUGAUCCAUUCCACUCCCUUGCCAUCUCCUCUGGGCUCAACUCCUUCGUCUCUGUUAACAAUGCUCUCAUUAGUAGCUACAGUAAAUGCGGCGCCUUGGACAAAGCUGAGCUGGUUUUCGAUCGUUUGCGAGCUGGCCGUGAUGCUGUUUCCUGGAAUUCCAUGAUCGUCGCUUACGGGCAGCACCGCGAGGGGACGAAAGCUCUGAGCUUGUACACAGAGAUGGUGAGGUUGGGCUUCGAGGUGGAUUUGUAUACGCUUGCGAGUGUUCUCACGGCGUUCACUUCGGUGAAAGAUUUGCAGGGCGGUGUGCAGUUCCACGCGAUGUUGGUGAAGUGCGCGCGCGAGAGGAACGCGCAUGUUGGCAGUGGUUUGAUUGAUCUCUAUUCCAAAUGUGGCCGGAUUUGGGAUGCUCGGAAGGUGUUUGAUGAAAUGCUUGACUGGGAUUUAGUGCUCUGGAAUACGAUGAUUUCCGGGUUUUCAAUGUAUGAGGAAUUGGCAGAGGAGGGACUGGUUUGUUUUAGAGAUUUGCAGAGGUUUGGUCUCCGGCCGGAUGAUUGUAGCUUCGUGUGCGCAAUCAGUGCUUGCUCAACCCUGUCUUCACCUUUGCAGGGGAUGCAGUUGCAUUCACUGGCUAUGAAAUCUGAUGUUCGAAAGAAUCAGAUAUCGGUGAGCAAUGCAUUGAUCGCGAUGUAUUCAAAGUGCGGGAAACUCGAUGAAGCUAAGAAAGUGUUUGAUAGAAUGCCGGAGCGGAAUACCGUGUCGUAUAAUUCGAUGAUUGCUGGCUAUGCACAACACGGACUCGGUGUUGAGGCGUUGGCCUUGUUCGAUGAAAUGGUUGAGUUGAAUUAUGUACCGACUAGUGUCACUUUUGUUUCGGUGCUCUCUGCUUGUGCGCACACCGGACGAGUGGAGGAUGGUCAGAGGUGUUUCAAAUCAAUGGAACAAGAUCAUGGGAUCAAACCCGGUGAAGAGCAUUAUUCAUGCAUGAUCGAUGCUCUUGCCCGUGCGGGGAUGUUUGAAGAGGCUGAGGCACUGAUAAACAAAAUGCCGUUUGAUCUGGGUUCCAUUGGCUGGGCUGCGUUGCUCGGGGCGUGCAGGAUCCAUGGGAAGUUGAGCUUGGAGCGAAAGGCGGCAGAGAAACUACUACAACUCGAACCUUCAAAUGCAACCUCGUAUGUUAUGUUGUCGAACAUGUAUGCGAGUAAGCAAAGAUGGGAGGAAGCAGCAACAAUGCGGAAGCUGAUGAGAGAUAGAGGUCUGAAGAAAAAACCCGGUUGUAGCUGGGUCGAGUUGGGAAAGACAAUACAUGUUUUUGUAGCUGGAGAUUUAUCGCACCCGAGGAUAAAAGAGAUACACCAGUUCUUGGAAGAGAUGAAGAAGAAGAUGAAGCAGGCCGGGUAUAGGCCAGACAUGAGAUGGGCUUUGAUGAGGGAUUAUGCCGGAGAAGGUGAGGCGAGGUUGGGGCAUCAUAGUGAGAAACUUGCAGUGGCUUUCGGAGUGAUCAGCACCGGGGAUGGAGUGCCGAUAUUGGUGGUGAAGAACCUGAGAAUAUGUGGAGAUUGUCACAAUGUAAUCAAGCUAAUGUCUGCUAUUGUUGGAAGAGAGAUCACUGUAAGGGAUGCACAUAGGUUUCAUUGUUUCAGGGAUGGGCACUGUUCUUGUGGUGACUACUGGUAGUAACUUAUCAAACAACUGCAC